UUGCCUGAAUAUCCGGUUGAGACCUUCGCUUGACAAGAAUGUGCGAACAAAGGCCGGCAGUCACUCCCACAUUAUUAGAGGAAGAAAAGAUCUGAGAUAGAGGGCUAAACUCACAGACGCGGAAAGUACAUGCAAGCAACAAUGGCGGCUACGUUGGCAAGUUUUGAAGGGCAGAUCUAUGAAGAACUGACCUGCAGUAUCUGCCUGCAGCUACCCACAAAACCCAAGGUGCUGUCCUGUCAGCACACCUUCUGCCAGGACUGCCUGAAAAAAGUUGCUGGGCAGAAAUCAACAUUUCCGUGCCCAAGCUGUCAUCAGCAGGUCAGGCUACCUCCUGAGGGGGUCAAAGAUUUGCCAGACAACCAGCUGGUCACAAGUCUGUGUGAGAGGCUACAAAACUCCACAACAUCGUCAGGAAAAAACAGACAACAACCCCAGUCUGGGAAGUGCAGCGUCCACCCCUCUGAAGAUGUCAAGCUCUACUGUAAACAGUGUAACGUGCCGGUUUGUGAUGAGUGUUUGGAUAAAUCACACAAUGGUCAUACAACAAUGAAGCUGAAGAAGGCCUCACAGGACUGGAUGUCUACAGUUCAACCUCUCAUCACUGAAGGCAGUGACAUCCUAGGGACACAAUGUGACUUCCUAAAGAGUCUAGGAGAGAAGGAAAAAACCCUGCAGAAACAGAAAUUGCAGACAGAAAACAGCAUCGAGUACGACUAUGACAAAAUGGUGCAAAAACUCAAAGAGAGGAAAGACCAGCUUCUGUGUCAGGUUGAAGAAAAUCACAAGAAAAAUAUCAACAUUUUACAAGAGGAAAGGACUUCAAUCUUAUCAGAUAUCAGUAAACUGUAUGCUGCCUGUGAUCAAGCAGAACAGGAUAUGGGGCUUGGAGGGCGUAUGCUGUAUUCCUUUGGAAGCAGUCUAUUUCAUACUGUAGGAAAGUACAGAGGAAAAGCAGCACCAGCUCCUGUACCAACCCAGUCUGCCAUCUUUUACUCCACAUAUACCCCAGUCCCAGUUCUGGGACAUGUGGAAGUCCCUGUGGUAUUUGGUGGGGAAGGAGCAGGAAUAGGACAGUUUAGCUGUCCAACUGGUGUCACUGUGUCUGAAAAAGGGGAGGUCUUUGUGGCAGACCGGGAGAACUUCAGAAUCCAAGUCUUCACCCUGCAGGGAACGUUUGUCCAUGAGUUCCAAAGAGCUUCAUAUGAUAGACAGAUCAUGAGCCCGAAUGACGUGGCCACGGACGGGGAGGGGAACCUGUGGGUGGUGGGGUACACGGAGUUUGCGCAUGUAGCUGUACAGUACAGCAAGCUAGGCAGGGUGCUGGAGACGUUUGACCUACAGGACACAAAGUGGGUGAAAUGUGUUGCCGUAGACACCAGAAGGAACCACAUCCUCGUCACACAAUCCACAGGGCAAACCGGGAACACACAGGGCGAGGUGCAGGUGUUCAGGCCAGAUGGGACACUUGUGAAAAUUGUCGGUCAGCAGCAGUGUAUGAAACACCCCAGGUACAUCACUUUGGACAGGAAGGGGGACGUUCUUGUGUCAGACUCCUACAUGCACUGUGUGUUUGUGUACGAUAAGGACGGACGGUUUGUGUUUAAGUUUGGUGGCGAGGGAAAGCGUGAAGGUCAGCUAAACAAACCUCUAGGCAUCUGUACAGACAGGGCAGGUAACAUCAUCGUGGCAGACAGUAUGAACGACCGUGUGGAGAUGUUUGACAAGACAGGCAGAUUCCUCAAGCACGUCGCUACGGACAUCAAGCGACCGCAUGCUGUUGCCAUGGCGCCAAAAGGACAGCUGGUCGUGACAAGUGUAGAGAAACACACCAUCCAGAUUAUACACUGCUACUGAUUUGGA